UAGGAGACACCACGUGAAUGAUUGACAAACGCUUGAAACACCUGUAAUUCUUGUAUUUUCGUGUUAACAAACUAUAAAUUGACAUCUGAAACAAGAGAGUUUCUCUCUGCUCACUGCUCCGUUUCAGUUAAGGAUUUUUGUUUUCUCUUUUGUAUUUUUGUAUUGCAAAAGCCGGCAAGGUUACUGUCUGCUUUCUGCUUGAAUUACAAGUAGCACAGGUUGUAAACAUGGCACCAAUUGUAUUUCUCUGUGGAAUAAUGAUGAUGGCUUUAUUAAAUAAUGUGGAUGGAAAGAGGGAUCCAGUAUUAUACUGUGGAGCCUGCAGGGCAUUGGUAGAUGAGCUGUUGUAUGAAAUUAGAAAAGUGAACCCAAAGAAGACAGUCGAAGUAGGGUCAUUUAGGAUAAGCCCAGACGGAACACAAGAAAAGAAUAAGGUACCUUUAGCAAAAUCCGAGCAAUAUCUUACUGAACUAAUUGAAAGUAUAUGUGAAAAGAUGGAUGACUACGGCCUCUACACGGACCCAGGAACUCAGGAGAAAUCAUAUAAAAGGUUUGCUCCAAGAGAAAAUGAGCCAUUCAUCUCAGAAGACUUCAACAAUUUCAAAUUCAAUCCUGAAGAGCCCGGUACAUUAAAGUAUGCGUGUGAACGUGUGGCAGAGGAGCACGAAGAUGAAAUUUUUUCACUUAUUACCCAAGACGUAGACAAUCUUGCUGACAAGCUUUGCACUGUGGAAACAGAUCUAUGUAAAGAGACUCUUCAUAGUGAAUUAUAGAAGGUGCGCUACUAUGUUCCAGCGAGCAAGACUGAAAAUCAAAUUCUCACCAUUCUUUUAUUACAGGACUGUAAAGUUUUUGUUUUUUCUACUAUUCACAGUCUGUUUACUUGUUUUAAACAGUUUAGGUUAUAUUUGUUUAUAUUUGCCAGCCUGUAGGUCUACUAUCCUACAAAUAAGUCAGAUUAAGUUGACCAAUAUUUGUACUAACGGUGUAAGAGUAUAGCAAUUAUUUUCUUUAUAAAUGAGGGACAUUUGAUGUUGGUGGACGAAGAUUAUUUUUCCAUUUCAUAAAAUAAGAAGCUGUAUGUAAAAUAAAAACAAAUUAUUUGGGAAAA